CUCGCUGUUUGACUGAAUGUUGUCUCUUUGACGGUGACAAAACUGCACUUUGUGCUUACGUGACUUGUAACGUACAUGACGCCGCACCUCCUUCCUCCUCUCUCCUCCCUUUGUGCAGUUGACAAGCCCCUUCUCGAUCCGGACCGGGACACACAGAGAUCAUGGCUGUACCUCCCACCUACGUUGACCUUGGAAAGUCUGCCAAGGAUGUUUUCACCAAGGGAUAUGGCUUUGGGCUCAUCAAGUUGGACUUGAAAACGAAGUCUGAGAAUGGACUGGAGUUCACCAGCACAGGCUCUGCCAACACUGAGACCAGCAAGGUCGCUGGAUCUCUGGAGACCAAGUACAAAUGGGCGGAGCAUGGACUGACCUUCACAGAAAAGUGGAACACUGACAACACCCUUGGGACUGAGAUCACCCUUGAAGAUCAGUUGGCUAAGGGGCUGAAGCUGACGUUCGAUUCCUCCUUCUCGCCAAACACUGGCAAGAAGAGCGGCAAGAUCAAGACAGGCUACAAGUGUGACCACAUCAACAUUGGCUGUGAUGUCAACUACGAUAUCAAUGGUACAGCCAUUCAUGGCGCCGCAGUGGUGGGCUACGAGGGCUGGCUGGCCGGCUACCAGAUGACCUUUGAGGCUGGCAGGAACAGGAUCACCCAGAGCAACUUUGCAGUCGGAUUCAAGACUGACGAGUUCCAGCUGCAUACAAAUGUAAAUGAUGGCACUGAGUUUGGUGGCUCUAUCUACCAGAAGGUGAAUGACCAGCUGGAGACAGCUGUCAACUUGGCCUGGACUGCCGGAAACAGCAACACUCGCUUUGGCAUCGCUGCCAAGUAUCAGAUUGAUUCUGAUGCAUCCUUCUCUGCUAAGGUGAACAACUCCAGCCUUGUGGGCCUGGGCUACACUCAGACUCUGAAGCCAGGCAUCAAGCUGACGCUCUCUGCUCUCCUCGAUGGGAAGAACAUUAACGCUGGUGGCCACAAACUUGGUCUCGGCCUCGAGUUCCAGGCAUAGGAGGAUGAGGAUGAGGCAGAUGCCUAUACAAUCCCCCCUGUGCACACAAACACAUUCCCCACCCAAAAAAAACAAAUAUUAAAAAAUCCAAAUCCUAUUGAUUAGCCUAGCCCUCACAAAACCCCUGUUUCCCCCUAGACAUGCUACAGUCAGCAUAAGGUUCGAAUCGUUCUUGCGACGAUCUACUACUUUUAAAAGGACCAUUUUAAGGGAACAUUAUAUUUUGCAAACAAGGAGCCAAGUUACGGAACAAAACUACACUCGUUUAACAUAAAGUUUUGUCUUGAAUUGUGUAGCUUGCAAGGGAAAGGUAGCCUUGGGUACAAUCAUGUUGGACUCACCUCGUGGUCAUUUUAUUACAUUCAUACAUACUGCUUUAAUUUGUGUCUCUCUGCUUUCCAAUGCAGAUAAAGGGAAAAUCAAAACUAGGUUCAACUAAGUCAGCAUACAGUUGAGUAUUUUCACCACCCGAUGGUGCUGUUGCAUAGCGCUAUUAAGCACUCCUUGCUCAAAAGUCAUAAUGGUCAUGGUGGUUUUAUUUUCACCCUUCUGCACUGGUGAGCUCUGGUGUCUGUCUUGAUUAUAUAAUACGAUGGGAAGGGUUAGCUGUCCCUGAUGUUGUUGAAGCAGUUGUCAGUAGCUCUAAGAGACACUACACCCCAAUGUGUACAUUCUGUGUUUUCGUCUCACUUGUUUGUGUCUGUGCAUUUGGUGUUAAACGUGUUUUGUUACAUAUAGCAAAAAGAAUAUUAUUUUAUUGACAGUCUUGCAUAGUUUAAUACACCUGUGAAGUCUUAUGAAGGCAAUGACAUGUCAAUUAUUCCUGGUCGAGCAAACGAAAGGAAACCUAUCAUGCACACAGUUAAAAUUCUCUGGAUAAGAGUCUUAGUACUUCUUUGAAGGAGGAUAAAAAGAAUAAAUACAGUGGACAGGAAAUGGUAGUCUUCCACAACUGGUUACGGGAAUAAUGCUUAGUGUACUUGACAGUAUUGUCAUUUCCUGAAUUAAAUAAAGAACAUCUUGAACCAGU